AUGGGUAUGCCCGCCGAACAGAAAAGCCCCACCAUAGCCGAGGGCUAUGUGUCGUUGUUCGAAAUCCUCGACGCUUUCGGCGCACCCAUGAGCGAAGAGCACGCAUGGGCUCUGGCGUUCCAAGCGUGCAAAACCUUGCAAAGACUGUGGGCUGAUCGAGAACUUAAAAACUAUGCCAGUGAAGGCGUGCUCGCUAAGCGUCACGCAUCGGGUGUGUAUCUUGUGGAGAACCUUAAGGAUGUCAGGAUAUGUCAGGACGGUACGGUUCACACUAGCACAGCCGACGCACACGAUCCCCAAUCGACAACAAAGGCUAGGACGCGGAAAAUGGCAGUCUCUGAGCAACAGUUGGUACAGAGUGUAGGAGUAGUCCUCUUCCGAGCUUUGGAUUUUCGGUUGGGUCCCGACGAGCAGCGAUCUCUCAGCCCAGCGAUGGAUCUCCUUCUCGAUAAGAUGACGUCGGCGUGCGAGGCCGAUCUCGACUCGGAAUCCCACACGACCCACGUCCCCGUGCACCAUCACGCUCAUCCACGACUCGGUCCGAGCGGAGCUUUCCUCCGAGACGAGGAUAACGACUCAGAAGGUGGCGGAAGAAACUCCGCGGCCGAUAGCGAAGGCGCUUACGAUGAAGGAAUCCACGACGUCGAACUCGAUGAUGAGACGCGAAGUGGCAGCCCUGACGUCGAGAGUGACGGGCUCACCCUCGAGAAAGUUAUUCAAAGAUGCAGUGCGCAUAUGUCAUUGGGAAAUCAGGCGGAUUCGCAUUAUAGAGCAGUGUGCCGGGCUUUCGUAGCCGAAUGGCUGGAGCUUACUACCUUCCUCAGGGAAGUUUCCAAAGGAACCAAAGAACUUCGGAGCAAAUCGUACGAAGUCUGCGCAACUGGCGACGACGACAGCUCCAGCAAUCUCGACGAGCUCGGAUUCCAAGACUGGGCGAGACUUUGGGUGCAGGUCAUACGAGAACUCCGACAGGGUGUAGUUCUCAAGAAAGUCUGUCUGGAUAAUCGCCCUCAAGGAGAGCCGUCGAUAGAGUACGAGCUCACACCGUACGAGAUGCUCCUCGACGACAUCCGAAGCAGGCGGUACAAGCUGAACAAGGUUAUGGUGAAUGGCGAGCUUCCUCCUCGAGUAAAGAAAGACGCUUUCGCUUUGAUUCUUGAAUUCAUCCGAUCCAGACCGCCUCUUGUGCCGGUCGGUCAGCGACGGUUGAAACAAUUACCUCCGAAAGAACCUCCACUCCACGAACGACUCAUGGACGCUAUAAAACAGCAACAUCGAUUGCGGCACGUGACAACCAGAUAUUCAUCGAUAUUGGACUACGGAUGGAGUCUUGGAUCCGACACUUGCGGAGGGUUGUCACUCUCGUCAACAAACACGAAUGACUCCGACGAGAGCUCACCGUCGUUCCAGAGUAAAUCGCAGAACUUCAGCCAACGGAGACUCAUCCAUGUGGACCUCAUGUUCUCGGACGACGAGCUGGAGGACAGCGAAAGCGUUCUAUCGGGAUCUUCGCUCACGAAGCAUCCAUCAAUCGAGUUCCUCAACCAGAGCCCGCUGUCAGAGCACCAGAGUCUUCCAGCCAAUCUCAAGCGCCGUGCUUCACGACUGUCCUGGCAGCGGCCGAGCAUCGCCAAAACAAGCGAUUCGUCGAUUGCUGUGCCUCCGCGUACCCGCAAGCUGUGGCGACGACAUUCGAUCGAUGUGUGCGAUGCGGAACAUCAGGAAAAGCUGGUUAGGAGCGAUCCGUUUAGGAAAUCACUCCGUAUUCGACACGAGGUCUGUCUAGACACGAAGACUUCGUCUGACACCAAAGAUUCCGCGAACAACCGAAAAAUCGCUAUUGUAAAUAAGCAGCUGGAGUGCCUUUCUUUGACUCUUGAGGAGGUCGCUCACAUACGCUCGGUGAUGACGAAAGCUGAAUUGGAGACCUUAUUGGUGACUCCUCAGCUGUACGAGGACGUGGCCAAAAGCAAGGUGUGCUUCACCUGUAGGAAGAGCAGAUUCAAUGUUCUUUUUAGCAGGCCGAUAAAGUGUCACCUCUGCGAACGAAGCGUCUGCGACAAGUGUUCCACCAAGAUGCACAUACCCACGCACAGAUUCGACAGAAUCCCUGUGUACAUGUUGUCGCCGAGUACACCGCCAGAAGACUGUGCACCAGACGUUCCACUUCGUGAAAAGAAGAACCGUAAGAAGAAGGACGAGAUUGAAAACGCCGUGCAGACAUUCACAAGUGGGUCGGCGCCUUCGUCCCCGAACCUGAGUUCGAGAACCAACGGCUCGAACGUGACGACAGUGUGCCAAGAGGCAGAUCUGGAUUCCGUAACGCCAGAGCCCGACGAUCCCGAGAAGAAGAAGAAAUCGUGGCAGGACUCGAUCUCGAAAGGACUCUUGAAAAGGCCUUCGAUUCUACGGGUUCGGGCAAAGCUCCGAGGCUCGAAGACCCCGAGUCAAAGCGACGACGCGAAAAGCGAUCUUUGCGAAAAACUCAAAGCACCGGUGUUGCCCGUGUGCCGCGAUUGUAAAUAUCUUGUCCGGUCGAUCAUCCUCUCGAACCGGAAUCCCAUUGUGAAGAGCCACAGUGAAAACUGAGGCAUCCUCUGAUGGCGUUCGGGUUUCCGAGGAAAUCGUUCAUUUGUACAUAGGAAUAUGGGUAGACAUUGGCGUGAAAAAGGAGCAUUCAUCUCUCCUUCGGCGCCGAUUAUGAUUUCGUGGUGCAAUGCCGAGUGAUCGGAAUCAUCAUCUGUAUCAGUAACGGUA